CAAAUUCCAAGCUCUGGCACUCUGGCAUAUGAUCCAGCUUCACUCCUGCUGAUUGGCCUCACGGAUAUGAUCAUAACUCAGAGAGGAUCAUAGACUGACUCAUCUGAGGCAGGCAGGGAGAGGGAAGGUCCAGGGGCUGAGCUUUCCCCCUCUAGCCCAGCGGUUUCCUCCCCCACUCCCAUUCUGCUCUCUCAGUCUCUCACAGUCACACAGCGGAGAGACGCACAGACAGAGCAGCUCAGGCAGCAGGAAACCACUGGCAGGCAGGCAGGCGGCUGGAAGCUGCUGCUGCCACUCCUUACACACAGCGGGGAAAGAGAGAGGGGGAAGGAGAGAAGGAGAGAGCUCAUCUACUGAAAAAGAGGAGGCAGGGGAGAGUAGUUUUCUGUACUUUUCCCAGCAACACGUGGAUGGAACUCACAGGCUGAUCCUAUGAUGUGGAAUGUUUUGUGACUGUGUGGACACUGAUAACAAAACAGCGAUGACUAGUGACAUGAUCGUCUCAACAAUACAGUCACAGUAAAGAGAAGACGGGAGAGGUGUCGGGAGGAGAUGAAAUUGAACUGAAGACCAACAUUUCUCUGAGGAGCCCAUGUCUCCAGUUGGGCAAAUAUGAUGGAACUCAGACACUCCCAAAUCAUUUGGAACCAUUGUGAAAGUAGCAGCCUGUCAAACACAACAACCUAUUGGACUUGACAAAAAGAUAGAAAAGAGGGGGUGAGGGCAGGAAGGUUUGAAGAAUGUUUUUGAAUUUCAGAAGGAUCAGAAAAUGUCAAUGUGUGCAGCUGGUGACGACGUGCUUUGUCCUGUCCGUGUUGAUGGUGUGCUGGGAGCAGCUGGACCACCAUGUGGUGAGCCACAUGAAGUCCUACUCAUACCGCUAUCUGGUCAACAGCUACGACUUCAUCAACGAGAGCUUUGGCAUCCGCCAGCAGGAGGCUGAGAGCCAGAGCAACUUCCCGUACCUCAUCAACCACCAUGACAAGUGUGACAGCAAUGAAGUGCUGCUGCUGCUGUUCGUCAAAUCUUCCCCAGAGAACCUGGAGAGGAGGCAGGCCAUCCGGGCCACCUGGGGGAAUGAGACCUACACCCAGAGGGAGUUGGGGGCCACUGUGAGGGUGGUGUUUGCCCUGGGGGUCCACCCCAACCCCCAACAGAGGGGCCAUGUACAGAGGGGGCUGCUGGGGGAAGACCAGGUCUAUGGGGACCUGGUCCAGCAGGACUUUGUCGACACCUUUCACAACCUCACCAUCAAACUGCUGCUGCAGUUCCGCUGGAGCCACACCUACUGCAGCCAAGCACGAUUCCUCAUGUCAGCCGACGACGACAUCUUUGUCCACAUGCCCAACCUGGUGCACUACCUGCGGAGCCUGAUCCGGCAGGGGGCCCGGGACCUCUGGGUGGGCCACGUGCACAGGGGAGCCCCCCCUAACCGCCGGAAGGACAGCAAGUACUACGUGCCUUAUGAGAUGUACCAGUGGCCCUCUUACCCAGACUACACAGCGGGGGCAGGGUACGUUGUCUCAGGGGACGUAGCUACCAAAAUCUACCAGGCCACUCUGUCCCUCAAUGCCUCGCUGUACAUUGACGAUGUGUUCAUGGGCAUUUGUGCCAACGCCAUGGGGGUGUCUCCCCAGGAACAUGUUUACUUUUCAGGGGAAGGGAAGGCCCCCUAUCACCCCUGCAUCUAUGAUAAGAUGAUCACCUCUCACGGACAUGUGGCAGAUGUCCGGUACCUGUGGAAGGCAGCCACGGACCCACAGAUUCAUUAUAUUUCCUCUGGCUUGGUGGGAAAGCUGUACUGCACAGCAGUGAAAGUAAUGUUUCUCUGUAAACCUUACUAUUUCAAUACCUACCCAUGCAAGGCGGCAUUUUCAUAGUGUACUGUAAGGCAUUUUCUUUUUAUAUUUCAGUGUCCGCAGCUGGUAUCAUUUUCUAAAUAAAGACCAAAGCCAUGUUCUUGAGCAUAUAUCACCACUUCUGCCUUGGCUUGAUGGAUGGAUACUGCAGUUGUACUUUGUGUUUUAGCUAAUUAAUUGUGUGAUGGUAAACAGACUGUUAGUGUUCUUGGCUGCAUUGAGGAACAUUUUGGCUGGCUGCAUGAAGUCGUAAGGGAAGAAUAAUUUGAAUAAAUUACCUCACAGUCUCAAGAGGAAAUUCUGUUCAGAGUUGCUAGCAGACAUUAGGCUUUUUAUUCAGUUUUCUAUUGCUCAUUGAAUUAAACUGGUUGAAAGUGUACCAUCUGUAUCAUACUAAUUUUACCUUCCCUCUUAUCUCUAUAGAGCCAAUGCCAUUUCUUCCCCAUUCCCGGGUUUCACGUCAGGCUGCAAACCAGGAGCAAACACAAUUUGCUUUAAACUACAUCCUGCUCACUAAAUCAUUCCAUAUGAACUCUGCUCCCCCAUCUCUCCCCGUCCUACAGUCUGGGGCCCCCAAUAAGGUAACAUAGAGCAUUUAGUGACUCUGCAGACAGGAAUUCACUGGGCCCUUUAGCGGUGGAGUGAAGUUAACUGCAAACUAACCUUCAAACAUAAAAGCACUUGACACUGUUUGCUAAGGGUCUUUAACAUUCGCUACAAUUAUAAAUCUGGCAUGUGUAAUAAAGAAAUCAAUGACUGGCAGUGACAAUGUGGAUUCAGUAUGGAUCUCUAGGGGCCCUAGCCUGCAGCAGGGGUUUCCCAAACUCUGUCCUUCCUUUAUAUAUUGCGUUUUUUACCUGUUGCUACUUUAUGCUCUAAAAGAGACGUUGUCAGGGACAAUAUGUGUUUUAUGAAAAUCUCAUGUUCAAUCUUAUGGAAAUACACAUGGCCUACAGUGACUGCUUGUAAUGCCUGUGCUUGGCAGAGGAGGGGAGUGCAAAUAUAAUUCCCCUCAUGUGCCCAUUUUAUUUCCGGCUUUCAGCCACAUCCUGUUCUUAAGAUUGAGCCACCUCAAACCUCAAAAGUGGUUACCGAAUAUAAAACUGUCUGUUGAGUCAGAGAUUGUACGCAUGCAACAGGGAGUACACUCCUACGAACCCGUAACAGUUAUAACAAAGACAAGAUAAAUAUUGUGAUUAAUCAACUUAUUAGUAUUAAUCAACUUAUUAGUAUGCUCCAUAUCAGCAGGUACUGUGCAGGCUGAAAUUAGAGCAGGAGACAUUCCACACAGCAGUCAUACAGUUCGUGGUCACCUGG